AGUUGUCACCGAGGCGGGCAGGCGGCUAGACGGGCUGCCGCGGGGUCCCGCUUCCGGCCAGCUCCCCGGGAGACGCGCAUUGUGAAGUCAGAAGUGGGCAGCAGCCGCUCGGUCUCCGGUGGCCGGGACCGCGGCGGCGGCGGCGGCGGCCCCGCGGGCGGGAUGUUCCGCGGUCUGAGCAGUUGGCUGGGCUUGCAGCAGCCGGUGGUGGACGGCCGCCCGGUCGAAGGAGACGGGCAGCCUGAGGGAGAAGCCCCACCGGAGCCGCCCUCCGAGGCCGUGGCGGAGUCGGCUGAGAGGGAGCUCCUUCACCAGGCCAAAGACCUCGGCGGCUAUUUAUUUAACUUUGCGACUGCUGCUACAAAAAAGAUAACUGAGUCAGUUGCUGAAACAGCACAAUCGAUAAAGAAAUCAGUAGAAGAAGGAAAAAUAGAUGACAUCAUCGAUAAGACCAUUAUAGGAGAUUUUCAGAAGGAACAGAAAAAAUUUGUUGAGGAGCAGCAUACCAAAAAAUCAGAAGCAGCAGUGCCCCCAUGGGUUGACAGUAAUGAUGAAGAAACAAUUCAACAACAGAUUUUGGCCUUAUCAGCUGACAAGAGGAACUUCCUUCGUGACCCUCCCAUCGGCGUGCAGUUUCAUUUUGACUUUGAUCAAAUGUACCCUGUUGCCCUGGUCAUGCUCCAAGAGGAUGAGCUGCUGAGCAGGAUGAGAUUCGCCCUUGUUCCUAAACUCGUGAAGGAAGAAGUGUUUUGGAGGAACUACUUUUACCGUGUGUCCCUGAUUAAGCAGUCAGCCCAGCUCACUGCCCUGGCCGCCCAGCAGCAGGCUGCCGGAAAAGAGAAGAGCCAUGGCAGAGAUGAUGCAUUGCCACUGACAGAGGCAGUACGGCCCAAAACGCCACCUGUCGUAAUCAAAUCUCAGCUUAAAACUCAAGAGGAUGAAGAGGAGAUUUCUACCAGCCCAGGCGUUUCUGAGUUUGUCAGUGAUGCCUUUGAUGCCUGUAACUUAGAUCAGGAGGAUCUGAGGAAGGAAAUGGAGCAACUUGUGCUUGACAAAAAGCAGGAGGAGACAACCGUAUUAGAAGAGGAUUCUACAGAUUGGGAAAAAGAACUACAGCAGGAACUUCAAGAAUAUGAAGUGGUGACAGAAUCAGAGAAGCGAGAUGAAAACUGGGAUCAGGAAAUAGAGAAGUUGCUGCAGGAAGAUAAUUAACUGUUUACUUAAAUAAGAAUCCUUAACAUUCUGUAACCGACAUUAAAUUCUAGCUGGUAACCCUUGCUGAAUCAAAAGGCACAAAAGAGUAUAACUUUAUGAAACUCAAAAUUACUCUUUUUUCACAUUGAAACUUGCCUCUUCUUUAAGAAAUAUAUAGGACAGUUAUUCUAAGCAUUAAAAAGGGAUGUUUUAUGUAAUAUUUCUUUAAUAUAAAUCUAGUUAGAGAUGAUGUUCUUAUGGUCAAUAUUGAUAUCUUAGCCACAGAAACACAAGUAAAAUUUUAGAAUUCUGUUUCCGUAAGUUCAAAAUCUUCUUCAGUUGUGGUUUUCUAAAUAUUUGUACUUCUUGUUGCACUUUUGUUGAUAACACUUAUGUUAACGUAUUUAAUGGAUUGAUAACUCAAAAUUAUCAAAUAGUACCAAAGAACUUAAGAGGAAGCACUUUUGGAACUGUUUUCUUGUUAAGUAUUUUCUACAAUUCCAUCUGGAGGCCAAAAGAUAAAAUAAUCAUGUUGAUUUUAAAGGUAUAAACAUCACGAAAUUUGCCCUGGAUAGUGUGGUUCAACUGGGUGGGCAUCGUCCAGUUAACCGAAAGGUUGUCACUUCAAUUCCUGGUCAGGGCACAUGCCUGGGUUUCUCAGGCUCCAUCCCCAAUAGGGGACGUGCAAGAAGCAGCUGAUCAAUGUCUCUCUUUCACAUCUGUGUUUCUCUCUCUCUCUCUCUCUCUCUCUCUCUCUCUCUCUCUCUCUCUCUCUCUCAUUCUCUCUCUCUCCCCCCUUCCUCUCUCUUCCUCUUCCUUUUCCUUCCUCUGUCUCUAAAAGUCGAUAAAAACUUUUUUUUUUUUAAAUCACACAAUUUGACAAGAAGCACUGUGCAAAAAUAUUUUUUUCUCUGGGGCCUUUUCUUUCUCAUUUCUUUUUAACUAUACCACAUUUAGUAAUACUGUUUUUCUAAAUUUUACAUCAUGGCUUUUUAUAAAAAGCAGGGCCUCUCAUUCUUUUUGUAUUAAUGACCAUCAAAAGCCUGAUCACCUUCAAGUCUCUUGUUCUUAUUUAAAUUGUCACCACAUAGAAAUAGCUUUGUUUGUUUUAAUUAAACUGUCAGUCCUUAUAAAAUUGUGUUCCUCUGAGUACAACUUAUGAAACUUCAUUGAUCAGUCCUACUUGCAUUCUGCUAAACUAGAAGAUGGUCAUUUUAAAAGAACAUGGUGGCUUAACACCCAAGGCAUUUGCUUCCCAAACCCUUCAUAUUUUUCAAGGAGCCUUUAUUUCAUAAAGGGGAAUAGAAUUAAGACAAUUCUUUAUAAGAAAAAUAUACAUAUUUUUAUUCUUGGCCCCAUAAAAAUUAGUUCGUGGUCUUCUGACAAAUGUAUAGUCAAUGAGAGAACUGAGUGUGGGUCCAAGUGUUCAUUACCCUUAUGUUUGUAGUUUGGGAUACACAUGUGUGAAGGAGCCAGACUGUCCUCAGCUAGGAUGACUUCAAUUGUAGCAAUAAACUCACAUACUCACUCUAGCCGGUUUGGCUCAGUGGAUAGAGUGUUGGCCCUCAGACUGAGGGGUUCUGGGUUCGAUUCCAGUCAAGGGCACAUACCUCAGUUGCAGGCUGGAUCCCCUACCUGGGAGGCAACCAAGACACAUCGAUGUUUCUCUCUGUCUCUCCCCUCCUUUCUACUCUCUAAAAAUCAAUGGGAAAAUGUAUCCUCAGGUGAGGAUUGAAAAAUAAACUCACAUACUCUUGAAACCACAGACUCAUUAUCAAGAGAUUUCCACUGGUGCCACAGUUGUUGAUUACUGAGUUUGGGAAUUGGCAAUUUCUGAAAUAAUCCUAUUAAAGGAAACAGUUUGUUUAUUUGUUUAAACAGAGUUUACUGGAGGGAAAGAAACUUGGUAAAUGUUUUUAAGUUGCUGAAAAUCCUAGAUAUCAGCAGAUCCGGAUAUGAUAGUGCUUGGCUCUUAGUAUAUGCUCUAAAAUUCUUAUUGAUGAAUGUUGAAUAAAUACCAAAACAGGUUUCAGAGGAAGUUAAAAACCUAAAGUGAUAAUAGAAGAAUGUUACUGUUGUUACUGUCAAUUUCAUGUGAUACUCAUUUCAUUUAAAAACAACCUAAUUGUGCAUUGCCCUGUGAAAAAUAAAAGGAUAAAAUAAGACUUUAUACACAGCAUAAAAAUAGGCUAUAUUUUUAUGGAUUCAUCAAAGAGUAAACUGUUCUUUUGUAAAUUAUACAGGUAACUGAAGUGUUACUCCUUUAAAGGGCAAAAUAAUUUGUAACCAUGUUUGGUGGAAAAUUUUCUGAGUAUUACAUGCCUAGGGCUUAGCCAACAAAGUACACUGAGCAUAAUAAACACACAUAAACUUCACAGAAUGUUCAAAUAUGCACAUACUUCAUCACACUAAAGGGAUUAUACUACUCACUACUGGCUCAGCAUGAGCUGCCUGUCCUGGGAGUUUGUUAGAAAUGCAGGGUCUCGGGCUGCGCCCCACACCUGCUGGCCUACACUCCAUGGAGGUUACAAUGGUCUUUAGGGGUGAAACGCACUGGAUUCAUGUGCUGAUGCAGCUGAGGAUUCUGGUGCUUUUUACUUUUUGCCCAGCCACUGUCAUCCUUGGCUGACAGUAUCUUUCUAGUUACAAGUGCCUCCUCUGCUGUUCCAGGCGGUACUCACUGCCCACUUCCCUUUCCACACUGCCAAAUUAAGAGGAGCCAAGUCCCUAGGGGAGCACAAAUAACCCUGUGAAAGCAGAUGUUUCUCAUAGGCACGUUUCUAAGGAAAACGAUGACACUACGAAGCACAGAAACGAGGCUCUCAGAAACUUGACGUGUUUGAGACAUUUCUUUGAGCUGCUCGGUGGCGUCCAAGGGCUGACACACUCUGAAGGCUAUAAAGGAUGAAUGGCCUGGGUGGCAUGUUUAUACACAUGAAAUCAAAUACAGAGAUAGCUGAAAGGUAGUAGAACUUCAAACUAAGUCUUUAAAGCCUGCUUUAGGGGCAUGGAGCAAUAUAUAUAUUUUUUUAAUAUAUUUUUUAUUGAUUUUUUACAGAGAGGAAGAGAGAAGGAUAGAGAGUUAGAAACAUCGAUGAGAGAGAAACAUCGAUCAGCCGCCUCCUGCACACCGCCCACUGGGGAUGUGCCCGCAACCAUGGUACAUGCCCUUGACCGGAAUCGAACCUGGGACCCUUGAGUCCGCAGGCCGACGCUCUAUCCACUGAGCCAAACCGGUUUCGGCAACAUGGAGCAAUAUUAUAUAAGAAAUAACAUCCAUUUUUUUUUUUUACAGUUAUGGCAGUUUGUGGCAAGCAUGUCAAAUCCUCAGCUGAGUUGGCCAGUCUUAGCAGGAGGUUGUGCUCUGCUAUGGCAGACUCGGGUACAAUAUCACCAUUUCCUUAAAUACUCAAAAGUGGGAAAUCUUAUACAAAGUGGGAAAUCUCAAUAAUUUGUAAUUUGUGAAAUGUUAAACUAGAGAAGCUUUUAGGAAAUAAAGCAGUAGUUAUGCUUGUACUCACAGUGCUUUCAGAUCCGCUAUACCCAAGAUGGUUUUCCACGAUCAAAAUAGUGUUACAAAGAGGAUUUUAGAACAUGUUAAAGGUUUACCAAUAGGAAACUAAUGAUUACAUUCAACUUGCAAUAUUUUAUUUGCCUCCUUGACUGCUUUGCUGUAAAAGCUAGGACUCUGAAUGUGCUUCUAUAAUUUAAAUAAUUUGAUAGGAUUGCUCUUUCUGGUACUAGAUUUUUUUUCUCCAUUUUUAAGGAAACAUUUUUCAACUAUAAAAUAGGGGAGUUUAAUUUUAGCAAAUUUUGUUUUCAGCUUUUAAAAUUAUAAGUGGUAGAAAUUUUGAUAUAAUCAAAAGUUUAUAUAAUGUUUUAUUUAGAAGAAAACAGGCCAUUUUAAUAAGUGGUUCUAUACAUUGAUAAGAAAAAAUUACAAAAUGCAUGUUACAGUACCCAAAAAUGAUGACAAAUAUACAGGGUGUAUACACACACACACACACACACACACAAACACACUUUUAACAGCUAAUAGCUCAAUUGGUAUUUCUUUUCAGAUUUAACCCAUUGGAAUGAAUAAUUAUUCAAAGUGUGUAUAUCUUUUUUGGGACACCCUUUAUAUUAAUCAAGCUUUGAUCACAUGCAGUUAUAUAUUUCUUACAAAUCAUCAAAUGAUCUGGUCUUCACACUAUGGGAUUUGUUUAGAUAAAGGCAUUUAUGAUUUCAGUUGUUAAACUUUGUUUUUUUACAGCAUUUAUUUAGUGUAUCCUGAUUUAUUUCCAAUAUGGAAAACUAUGUUAUAUUUAUUCUGAAGAAAUAAACCUCACUUUUAGUGGUAAGAUAUGUUAUAAUGAUUUUUCCUGAAUAACUAAAAAUUCUAUUCUGGUAAAGAGGGCCUGCAAAUAUUUCAGUUACCUAUAUGUAGGCUCCUAUUGUUAGAAUUAAAACUGCCUUGAAAUAGUGUUAAAUCUUAACACAUUUUACUUUCAUUGUAGACUUCUACUCAAAUGCAGUAGGUUGUCCAUAAUAAAGAUCAUUCCAAUCCACA